CGAAAUCUCGCGAGACUACAAUUAUUACACGCGUGGGACAACAUGGCGGCUCCCUAGAACCUGCAUGCGGUGUUUUACACGUCACAAACAGUGUAUAAGUAGUUCGGUGUAAGUCUAAGUAAACAUUUCAGCUUGUGACUAAUCGACUCAUCUCUCACGGUGUAACUCGUAUUAAACAGAAGCAGCCACAAUGCAGCACGACGAUGUAAUAUGGGGCCUGAUUGGUAACAAACAGUUUUGUUCUUAUAAAGUAAAAACAAAAAUGAAGAAUUUCUGCCGGAAUGAGUACAACAACACGGGGCUCUGCUCACGACAGGCGUGUCCUCUGUCCAACAGUCAGUACGCCACCGUCAGAGAGGAAAAGGGUCGGUGUUUCCUCUACAUAAAGGUGAUUGAGAGAGCGGCGUUUCCGGCACGCAUGUGGGAGAAGGUGAAGCUGAAUCAGAACUAUGAGAAAGCCCUGCAGGAGAUCGACGAGAACCUCAUCUACUGGCCGCGGAACAUCCGGCACAAGUGCAAACAGCGUAUGACCAAAAUCACGCAGUAUCUCAUUCGCAUCCGCAAGCUCACACUGAAGAGACAGAGGAAACUUGUUCCGCUUAGCCGGAAAGUCGAGAGGAGGGAAAGGAGGAGAGAGGAAAAAGCCCUGGUUGCUGCUCAGGUGGAAAACGCCAUCGAGAAAGAGCUGCUGGAGAGGUUAAAACAGGGCACGUACGGAGACAUCUACAACUUCCCCAUCCACGCCUUCGAUAAAGCUCUGGAGAAACAGGAUGUAGAGAGUGAGACGGAAGAGGAGGAGGAAGACGAGGAGGAAGAAGAGGAGGACGAGGAAGCAGGGAAGAGAGAAUUUGUCGCAGACGACGAGUUUGAAGAAAGCGACAUCAGUGAUUUUGAGGAUAUGAACAACUUAAAGGCCAGCGAUGAAGAGGACGAGGACGAAGACGGCUCAAGCGAGGAGGAGGAAUCGGAAGAGGAAAUGGAGGCAGAAGUGGAGGAAGAGGAAGAGUCCAGAGUGAAGUCUAAAGGAAAGACUCCACUGAAGGGGCCGGUGAGGAAGAAACGAGCGUACGUGGAGAUCGAGUACGAGCAGGAGCCGGCGGCCAAGAGCAAGGCCUCGUAAAGAGAGAGAGAGAGAGAGACACACACACACACACACACUCACCAGACCAGAGUGACUUUGUUUCCGUGUGUGGAGACGAUUUAAAAAACAUUGUUUAUUGUAUACAACAUUUCCCAUAAAAAAAACAAAAAAAAACCAACCUUUUUUUAAAUCCCAA